AGGUGGAUAUGCAUGAAUGUCUGCACUUGUUUGGCAAAGGCAAAUUUUGAAGCGAUUCCUUGAGGGCGCUGCGAGUGUAGACAGGAUCUGGAGAGUCCACACCGGCACCAUGAAGCACUUCCUGCGAAUGUUGAUCCAGGUAUGCCUGUAUUUUUACUGUAAGUUUCUGUGGCGCUGCCUGAAAUUUGUCAUGAGGAAGCUAACCGGAAGAUGUGAACUGCAACGCAUCUGUUACAACACCAAGCCUGGAGCUUCUAGGACCAUGAAAAUCGAAACAUCACUGAGGGAGUCAAAAAGCAAGCUGUUGCAGACUUCAGUGAGUGUUCACCCUGAUGCGAUUGAAAAAACUAUAGAAGACAUCAUGGAACUGAAAAAAAUUAACCCCGACAUAAAUCCACAGCUGGGAAUCUCUCUUCAGGCUUGCCUUCUGCAGAUCGUGGGGUACAGAAACCUUAUCGCAGAUGUGGAAAAACUACGCAGAGAGCCCUAUGACUCUGACAACCCCCAACAUGAAGAAAUGCUUUUGAAGUUAUGGAAAUUCUUGAAGCCCAAUACUCCACUGGAAUCUAGGAUUUCUAAGCAAUGGUGUGAAAUUGGUUUCCAAGGUGAUGAUCCUAAAACAGAUUUUCGAGGAAUGGGACUUCUGGGACUGUACAAUUUACAGUAUUUUGCAGAAAGAGAUGCUACAGCAGCCCAGCAAGUCCUCUCUGACUCUCUUCACCCCAAAUGCAGGGAUAUCACUAAGGAAGAAAUAAGCAAAUUCAGCAAAGCAGAAUGGGAGAAGAAGAGGAUGGACAAGGCAAUUGGAUACUCCUUUGCAAUCGUGGGCAUCAACAUAACUGACCUGGCGUAUAAUCUACUGGUCAGCGGAGCUCUAAAAACCCAUUUCUACAACAUCGCGCCAGAAGCCCCAACAUUGUCUCACUUCCAGCAAACGUUCUGCUAUUUGAUGCAUGAAUUUCAUAAGUUUUGGAUCGAAGAGGACCCCAUGGACAUAAUGGAAUUUAAUCGUGUGCGUGAGAAAUUCCGCAAGAGGAUUAUAAAACAGCUGCAGAACCCAGACAUGGCGCUGUGCCCGCACUUCGCUGCCUCGGAAGGUUUAAUCAACAUGUAGUCGCCCACGCCGGUUUGAACGGAUACCCUGGAACACUGCCUCAUUGUCUCGUUAGAUCUCCGCCUAGGUCGCAGCUCGCACACUGAAUGCACACAGUGAUUGUAUGCAUGCCUUUUGGUACAGUAUUUUCAUCUCCUGGUCAUGAUUCUGAGAUCCCCAGAUACCACCACUAUCCUGGAGUAUCUGUCAUCCAGUGACUGCUCAUAUCGUGGCAUUAUGCAGUGUUACAUCUUGCCUUGACACCCAGGUAUGGAGAGAGUUUUCUAUUUUUUUAGGUUUUUUUUUUCCCUCCCUCUCAUCAUUCAGCAUUCAAGAACUGUAUUUCCCUAGCUGUAUUUUGUAAGUAAGAGGUUUAGCUGAAUCUCGUUCUGUGAAAGCCUUUUCAUUUUUCGAUAUGUUUCAUGACUACUGCUGCUAGCUUUUCAAGCCAGGUUCAUGCUUGGACCUCCUUCUGAUCAAGUAUAAGACUUUAAAAAUAAUACAGACAGACACAUGAUAAGCCAAACUUCCUGCAAACAUAGCUGCACUUCAUGACAAUGUAAUGAGGCUUUCGAGAAGUAACUUUAGGUAGGAGCUGUUUUAGUUUAAAGUACCGCAGAAUUAUAUAUAGUGCAACUCUCCCUGCCCCUUGUUGCUAUUGUGUCAUUGUCGCCUGGAUAUCAAAUUAUUUUAUUCCCAUAAUUUCACUGGCUUAGAUUCCUAACGAUGUUUAUGAUAUGCGGGGCCUCGAAAAAGAAGUAAGCAUAUUCCCAAAGCUGCAAAACGUUUUUCACUGCCUGCUUCUUGCUGAAUUCAGAGUUAAACCCUGGCGCUGUUCUGAUCCAAGCAUCUUUGCUUGGGGAACUGAGUGCUGACUGACUUGUUUUCUGUGACGAGGGGCAAUAUUAAAAAAACUAUUUAUAAGAAAAUGCGUGGCAAGAAAGCAGCCUGACCUUUGUCACGCGGCAGUAUUUCUUGCAAACAACGACCUUGUCUUGUAUCCGUGGAAGACGUAUAUUGCUCGGAGGGGGAACGUCACUUCAUUCCAAAACGGCGAACAAUCAUUUUUAAAACCAUGGUUUAGUUUGGAAUUAUGAUUGUAGUCUGUUGAAUAGCAUUUUGCCAUGGCAUUUCAUACCCAUGGUAUUUUAUACCUUCUGACUCUCAAUUUUAGUAUUAUUAGAUGUUUGUGUAAUCACUUGCUUAUUUAAAUGAAUUUCGAGUACUGCCUAAUUGUCAGUUAUAUGAAUAAACUACAUGUCAUUCUACUGUAACA